GUUGUGCCUUAAAAAAAAGAAGGGCCAAAGCAAAAGAGAAAGAUUUGUGAUGUAGGUGGAGUUUGUGUAGAUAAGGGGAGGGUGAGAAAAGAGGUUAACAUGUGCAGAGAAGUGUGAGGGAGUGUUGGUUCUACAGAAGAGAGAGACGGAGCGAGCUGCAGAGGCAGUGACCGAGAAGGGAAGUGUGAUAAUCAGCUUGGGAAAUGACACUGUGAACUAUUUGUUUUUCCGCUCAGAGGCCUGGGGUGUUCUUGAACAGAAAUGAAUGGUGAUGGCAGCAAACAGCGAUAUGUGUCAACCUUCAGGAUGCACAUCAAGCAGCCCAGUGCAUCGCCUACAUCAGGGAAUGGGCCGGGAGCUAUUGACAGCAGGAUCACAGACACAUGUCCUGACACUGGGUCUGUUAACCUUUCCGCUCGUAAACGCCUGGAUCUGCCCGUCUUCAUAGAGCCGCUGCAGGACUGCUGUGUAGACGAAGGAAAUGACAUCACACUGCGGGGGGCUCUGACUGGAGGUCAGCCUAUUCAAGUGUCAUGGUUGCACAAUGGUGAAGUGGCCCGUUUUGGAAAACCUUCCUUUAAUGGCAGGGAGACGAGUUUUGUGGUGCGAGAGUGCUUGCCUGAAGAUGCGGGUGCCUACACGUGCUUGGCAGAGAACAGUGCAGGGAAGACUUCCUGUUGUGCUGCUGUGUAUGUCAAAGACUUUGAAACUAUCUGCGGGUCGCAGAGUCAUGUCUCAAAUAUCCAAACUUCUGCAUCCAAGAGCAUGGUGCCGAAUGGAACGUCACCACAGUCUCUCAAAGACGAGCAACAGAAGACCAGAGGAUCUAUUUGCUCUUCCCCUGCAGGCUCUGAUAAGCUCAGCCCGGUCUCCAGUCCAAGAGAAGUCAUCCCAAAGAAGAGAGCCAACUCAGCGACAGGUCCAGCAUUACGUUUUGAAAACCCUCCACAACACCUGGAGGUGAAGCUGGGACAAACUGCCAGAUUGACGUGUUCCUUCACUGGCAGUCUUCCUGUAGUGUCGUGUUGGAUCAGAAACAAGGAUCAGAUCGUGGAUGGUCCAGAGCUGUGGUCAGAAAACACAGAUCAGAGCAGCACACUGGUCAUAGCAAAAGCUAACCCGCAGCACACAGCCCGCUACACUGUUGUAGUGAAGGACCGCAAGAGCUCUGCACAACACACGGUUGCUCUUUCUGUCAUAGAGCCCCCCCAGCCUCCGGCCUCCUGUCCCGUGAUCUCCCUCGUCUCUCCCAGCAGCCUCGUGCUCUCCUGGUCCGGCCCCUGCUACGACGGAGGCAGUGCUGUCCUAGGUUAUGUGGUCGAAGUGAAGAACCAGGGACGUGUUGAUCCUGGGGAUUGGGCCGAGCUCACCGCCCAGUGUAAGAGUACCUCAUACAAAGUGUGCUCAGGUCUGCUGCCUCAACAGGAGUACUGCUUCAGAGUGAGGGCCUACAACGCAGUGGGAGUCAGUGAGCCAGGACCAGUGUCACCAGUAGUUAGGAUGGAGCAGAAUGAUAAACCACAAGAAGAAGAAACCCCUCAAGCUUACUCCUGUGUCACUGUUGACUCUUCACACAAAGUCACAGAUCACUACAGUUUGCAGGAGAAACUGGGAAUGGGAAAGUUCGGCCUGGUGUUCAAGUUAACCCACAAGGAAACAGGACGUGUGUGUGCAGGGAAGUUCUACAAAGGUCGACGUGCCAAGGAGAGGGAGGCUGCUCGUAAGGAGAUAGAGCUGAUGAACUUCCUCCACCACCCCCAACUGGUGCAGUGUCUCGCAGCAUACGACCACAAGCCUGAGAUGGUCAUGGUCAUGGAGUUUAUCGCAGGCGGGGAACUGUUUGAACGCAUUGUGGACGACAGUUUUGUGCACACUGAGCUUGCUAGUGUGCGCUACAUGCAGCAGAUCCUGGAGGGGAUUGCCUUCAUGCAUCAGCAGAACAUUGUCCAUCUGGACAUGAAACCUGAAAACAUUGUGUGUGUUGACACCACUGGCACCUCCGUGAAGAUCAUUGACUUCGGAUUAGCCUGCAAGAUUGAAGGGGACACACCACUGAAGGUGAUGCAUGGGACUCCAGAGUUUGUGGCUCCUGAAGUGAUCAACUAUGAGCCUGUGUGUUUGUUCACUGACAUGUGGAGCAUAGGAGUCAUCUGCUACAUAUUACUCAGUGGUGAGUCUCCAUUCCAGGGUAACAACGAUGUGGAGACCCUCUCCUUGGUCACAGCUGCCCAGUGGGAGUUUGAUGAGGAGAGCUUUGAUGAGAUUACAGACGAGGCCAAACACUUCAUCAGCUCGCUGCUCAACAAGGACACCAGGCGGAGGAUGACAUGUGAGGAAGCACUCGCACACCCCUGGAUGGCAUUUGACUCUGGAGCUGUUGCCACCACCAAGAGCCUGUCCAAGGAGAAGAUGAAGAGGUUUCUAGCCAGGCAGAAGUGGAAGAAAGCAGGGAAGGCCUUGUUAGCCCUGAAGAGAAUGGCUCUGCUGUCUAAAGGUGACAGCUCUGUCUCGCUUACCAGCCCUGGAGAAGAUUUACCCCUGAGCCCAGAGGCGGAGCACGCCCUGCAGUCUCUGGAACGCAAGAUGCAGGUGCCACCCCAGUUCACCCAGAGCCUGGAGGACCUUACAGUAGUUCAGGGAUCCUGUGCCCGUCUCUCCUGUCACCUCACAGGGUACCCAGACCCAGAGGUGGUGUGGCUGUGUGGUAAAGAGCAUGUGGAGGAGUCACCCUCGAAGCAGAUAGAGUAUGAUGAAGAUGGCCGCUGCACACUGGUCUUAGACAAAGUGGGCCCAGGGGAGAGCGGUGUGUACACCUGCAGAGCCACCAAUGACCAAGGGGAGGCGUUCUGCUCAGCCAAACUUAUUGUAAAAAAGUAGAUAAAGGAGAGACAAAAUGUAUAAACACAACAUUUUCAAGAGUGCCUUCAACUGUUUUAUUGUAGAAUAUUGUAUUAAAAGUCAGGACCAAAAUGUACAUCCUGUACUAUCGCUGGAAAUAUAUGAUAUUUGUAUUACUGUAUUGUACAAAAUGUAUGAAUAUUGUUACAGAGCUACAGGCAUAUAUAAAAGUUGGUAUUUCUUCAUUGGACUUAGGUAUGAGGACUGUCUUAUAUCGGCUAAAACAAGACUAUCUCUUAAGAUUUUAUUUCAAACUUUUCAACUGGCGGUAUGAAUACAAAUAAAUAUCCUUUGUCAAAAGGCCUGAAACCGCAGUAAAAUCUGACUUCUGAUAUACUUUAAGGUAAAAUGUUGACCACAAUAGACACUAGGGGCUAACUGUUAGCAUGUGCUUCGUGCUAUGAAAAGAAACACUUGAGCAAUUGUACUUUAUAAAUGCUUUGUGUUAUAAUUUUUCCAGAGCACUAACACAACCAUAAACACCAUUUUAGAAAAACUUUUAGUGGAAUAUCAAAAUUAAACCACUGCAUUAAAAUGGAAGAGAGCAUUUUUGUUAAACUUAGCAGAACAGUGUCAAUUAAGGAUCAGACUACCUUUGUGCCAGCUAACAGCUAAAAAGGAGACACUUGUUCCGUUUACUUAUUUUGAUCAGAAUGUUUGGAGUGUUUAGGGCAGUCAACUUAUAUUAAAAACUACAUUUAAAAGUCAUUACAAUUAAAGCACUUAUUGACUUUGAUCAGUUUUUCCACUGGGCAGCUUGUAUGAAAUGUGCCUGUCAUGCAAAUCAUAUCAUACAAAAGUCUAUAGAUUUCCACGAUUUGAAUACUUACAAUGCAAAAUGAGCCAAGACCGAAGUUGGUGCUGGUUUUAGUUUCGCUUCUUAAACAAUUUUUUUAAUUUAACCUAUAAACAUCAUGGACUAAAGCUCAAUGCAUCAGACCAAUGGAAUCAAGUGCAAGGGAUAUAAAAAGAUAUACUUUUACAGUAAAUCAUAUACUUCUACUAUGCUACAAAGUUCUACAGUAAUGUCUUUUUUUUUCUUUUUCAUAUAAAAGAUAAACUCUGAUUACUAAAUACCCCAGGUUUGAGUAUAUCAAUCAUUCAAGAAUAAGCAUUUCAAUAACCAGAAAGUCACCUGUUCUCUUGUCCGUGAAGAGGCUAUUGACAAUAUUCAAGUUGAAGUAUGGAGAAAAAUAAAUGGUGAGUAAAGUAAGUCAAUAAGCAAGUUAGUAAGAAAGUACAUUUUAUUUCUAGAGCUCAUUUGAACACACCUGAAUUAUACCAAGGUGAUAUACAAAACUUAAAAAUGUUAUGUCUUCAAAACAAUAAACUCAUAUGAAUCUCA